AUGCUCGUGAAGACGCUCCUGGGUCAGCUGCUCGUCUACUUGGUGUCCAGUGGCGAAGUCGUUCCCGUUGUGGGCGUUCUCAUUAACGUCCUGUUCCUUAUCUUUGCUGGGUGCCUGUCGCUGCCAUCCCAGACUAUUACCGAUGGCUCCAUGACGUCACUCCACAGCGCUGUUCCCUCUUAA